CAUAAAAAAACGUCAUUCGUUGGAUUCGGAAUGCAAAGUGUGCAUCUUUUCAUAGUACGAAAAAGCGGAAGUAAACAACAGAAAUACACGAAAUAACAGCGAGUGAUUAUUUGCAAAUAGUAUUAUCCGAUUUUAAACGUAACUCCGCUACAGAAAAUUCGAUCAAGUUCAAGAUGAUUGCACUGGUAGAUCAGCCGGUUUUACCGGGAUACCGCGUGGAGGAAGCAAUUCAAAUAGCGAAGGCGAACAAAAAAGUUGUGCUCGGACCGGGACUCCGACAGGACAACGACGACGCGGUGUUGGUCUGCAAAAGUGGAGUUUUGCGAAAGAAAACCCCAAACACUUUUUGGGUGGAUUGUUACCAGAAACGGUACGUGCCGAAUCGUGGUGAAAUCGUGAUCGGAAUUGUAACCCAAAAGGCAGGAGAUAUCUUCCGGGUCGACAUAGGCGCCAGCGAACCGGCAUCGCUAUCGUACAUGGCUUUCGAAGGUGCCACCAAGAAGAACCGUCCGGAUGUUAACGUAGGGGAUGCUAUUUGCGCUCGGCUUCUGAUAGCAAAUCGGGACAUGGAACCGGAACUAAUUUGCGUGGACUCUCAUGGAAAGAAAGGCAAACUGGGCGUACUUCAUGAUGGUUUUGUUUUUGGUUGUAGCAUUAACCUGGUAAGGAAAAUUCUGAAUCCAAAGUGCACCUUCCUGGAUCUGUUGGCGAAAGAAAUGGCCUUUGAAAUGGCAGCUGGAAUGAACGGUAAAAUUUGGAUAAAGGGCAAAACCGUAAAGCAAACCAUCGCGCUGGGAAAUGCGAUCUUGGCAGUGGAAUAUAAAACCAAUCAGGAAGUGAAAGAACUUUGCGAUGAUAUAGGAAAUUACGUAGCUGGUUUUGCAUAGACCCUGAUAAAAACUUUCAAUAAAAAUAAUUGCUUUUAUUUUGUUCGAAAAAGAAUUUUCUUGUUGAAAAGAUAC